AUGCAUGCCUCAUGGGUGAAGGACUUUUCCUCCGAGCCACUGGAGCAGCGCUUGAAGAGCAACGACCUCUCCCGUCGCUGCAGUGCUUAUGCUGAUGCUCAGGCUAAAAUGGAUGCUGAUGGCGGCGAUGAGAUUUUUACUCUCUUCGGUGCUCAUGUGGAGACUGCCUUAGCGGAGACCUUACCCAAGGGGCAGGAUGCUGCCUUGAACGCCCUGGCAGCUUACUUGAAGCAUUGCCCUGGCAUCGAUCAGCGUAGCAAAGAUGUGCUGCCCUGGGUUCGAAAGCUAGCGGAGCACAAGUCCAUCGACAAGCCAAAAAUGCAGCAAUUGGCGCCUGCGGUCAUUUUGCUGAUUGCAGAGAUUGCAGAAUGCCCAGCAGUCCUUCAAGAGUUGACCAAUUGCCUCAGUGAUUUGGAAGAUGCCAAGAAGAAAAACGCGGGCUUCUUAAAGAAGCAAAUAGCCUUCAUCAUCAAGUUGGUGGGCAGUCUGCUGGCUGACUUUGGAGUGAAGAGGAUGGCACCAAAGCUCGGAUAUUUAAGCUUUGUGUUGAAGUAUAUCUCAGAUAGCGAUCGCGGCAUCAGGGAAGCUUGUUAUGGUGUCUUCGUGGAACUCGCUGCCUGGGUGGGCGACAUCUCCGAUUUGAUCAAGCCGAUGGAUGAGCCACAGAAGAAGGAGGUGGCCAAGCGUUUGGCCGAGCCGGAACGUAAGACGGAGCCGCUACGGCGCUAUCGAGGAGAAGCAGCCAGCUCCGGUCCUGCCGCGGGAGCUUCCAGCAAAGCUACAGCAGAUGACAUUUUCGAGAAAGUGGAUCCUUUCAAGAAGUUGCCCAAAGGCUGGUGCAUCAGUGCUGUAACCUCUAUGGAGAAAUGGAAGGAGAAGCUGCAGCACUUGCAGGUGCUUUCUUCAGUGCUGGAAGGUCCAGCUGAUAGACAUCUGUUGUCACCUUCUGAGAACUAUGCCUCCAGGCCAAUAUUUAUGCUCCGAUCAGCGUCAUGGAUGGUCAUGGAUUAUAUUUGGCAAGGUGUGGAGAUUGAGGCUCAAAUGGUCAGACUGUGCUGA